UCCCCUACUGCUAAGCAGCACUUUUAAUGUGUUUGGACAAAGAAGAACUAUAUAACUAAAAAUAAGGAGACCAUUUGGAAGCUGGUGUUCAACUAUAAAAGUAAAAUCUAUUUUACUAAUGGAAGUGUGAUUUGCUGUUGCCUGUAUUUCCCCCAGAUUUCUUUCUUUUUUUUCAUUUAUGCUCACAACGUCGUGCACCCAUAAAUUCUGGAAUGUGGCAACAGUGAACGCACACAGGAGUUAAAUUCAGGUUUGACCUGCGACGGCUUGCUUCUGUUGUGGACCACUGUACCGCAUAUAAAAAUGGGUUGAGGAACUGAACUUCAAGAGCAUUCGACAGUUUCGAGGCACGUCUCCGCUCCGAGAGCGUAAAGAAAUGAUUUAGAAGGGCUGAUCACUUAAUGUUAAUUUCCGUCGUGCUGAAAGAGGCUGCUACAGGGAAAUGAUAAGAAUUUCACAAACGAGCGAUUUGCGUUGUUUCUUCUGUGUUGGGAAUACCAUUUUCUCUAGAAGUCGGAAUUUGGCCAGUUUGAUUAAAGAAAACUGCAUACUGGAUUUUUUUUCGUUUUUUUUCCUAUUCUUUUUGUCUUUUCUUUCUUUCCCUUUUUUGGAAAACCAAUUUGUUGCAAUUCGAAGUGAAGAAUCAGCUAUGACAUAACCGGAAAAUAUCUCAAAUGUGUUGUGUUUUUGGAAGUACCACCUCUACUCUGUCAUUCUGGAGAUGUUAUCCAUCACCUCAGCCAUAGCGCUCCUCUCCAACCAGACCCAAGGGGUGUUGGGGGUGGCGGCCAUGGGCCACACAGACAACCUGACAUUGAGAUCAAUGUCAUUGAUUGCCCCCUCUAAAAGCCCCAUGUCUCCUGGCCUAUUCAUGACUGGCAUCCUGUCUAACAUCAUAGCCCUCUUCAUCCUGGCCAAGGCCUACAACCGCCUGCGUCGUCGCUCCAAGGCCACCUUCCUCCUUUUUGCCAGUUCACUGGUAACAACUGACUUUUUGGGGCAUGUCAUCCCUGGCGCCAUGGUGCUGCACCUCUACCAGAAUUCGCCAACCCACACAGACACCAUCUGCCUCUCGGGUGGCAGCAUGGUGUUCUUUGGCCUUUGCCCACUGUUCCUGGGUUGUGCCAUGGCAGCUGAACGAUGUCUGGGAGUGACCAGGCCCCUCUUCCAUGCCCGGCUCGUCUCCACUGCCCGCACCAAGAUAGCUGUGGUGCUGAUCUGGAUGGCAGCUCUUGUCGUGGCGCUGUUGCCGAUUGCAAAACUGGGAGAAUACACCUACCAGUACCCGUCGACAUGGUGCUUCAUUAAAGUAUUAGGGAAUACAUCAGGCAGUGAUGUGGCCUUCAUGCUUUUGUUUUCAAGCCUGGGACUGGCCUCACUGACUGUGUCAUUGGUGUGUAACACGGUGAGUGGCAUAAGCCUGGUCCUAGCCCGGCUGCGCAAGAGGAAAUGUCACCACAGAGCUGCAAAAUCACACGACAUUGAGAUGGUGGUACAGCUAGUAGGGAUUACAGUCACUUCCUGUAUUUGUUGGAGCCCCCUGCUGAUCUUCGGCAUGAUGUCAGUGACACACUCCUUUAGCCACUCUACAGAGAACUCUAAGCACUAUGAGGCUCUGAUGAAGGUGGGCGUGCAUCUGGCCACCUGCAACCAGAUCCUGGACCCCUGGGUUUACAUCUUAUUGCGGCGAGCAGUCCUCAGAAAGAUCUACCGGCUCACCACUGGCCGAAUGGACAUGAGGGGGAGCACAUUCCGUCGCUGGGAAAUCAGCUCCUUCCUGAGCUCAGAGAAAACUGCAGUCAAUCGGAUCUAACAAAUAUCUGCAUAGAAUUAUUUCAAAAGGAAAAAAAUGGGAAAAAACAGACAGUGAAGGGAAGACAUCUGGGUUAUCUGCCUUUAAAUCUGUAAUGUCUUCCACUUCACUUAGACAAGAUGGCAGGUGAGGGAGGACUACACAAAAGCUGGCAAUGUGGCUGCCAACUGAUGUCAGCCUAUGCAAAUGUGAAUGAUUUUUAGAAUAUUGAUAUGGACUCAUAAUGCUUUUAUUUACUAGUGAGUGAAAGAUGUUUUAUGGGCAUCUGAGAACCUUCCACCCUGAUGAUGGUCAAGGUUGGUGGAGUAAACACCUGUCUUAAAAUGACCACAUUGUAUAGUAUACAACAAAGAAAGAAAAAAAGAUAAAGAAAAAAAAAAAAGAAAAGAAAAAGAAAACUCUUACUUUAUUGGAUGUGCGAUAUGUAAAGAUUCAAUACAAAUAAUGAUCUUAAAAGUCUUUUUUUUAAAGUGUCCACCAUUUUCAAACUACUCCCAUACAUUGUGGGAAGCACACUUGAGUACUUAAGCUAUCAUUGAAAUUACUUGUCUGAUUAAUAAGGGCAUUGCUAUGCAAUUAUUAAAACCAAAGAAUUGUAAGAAUGUGUAAAUAUUGCUAUAGUGAGUGAGUAAGUAAGAACAGAGCUUUUGCUUAUAUUCUAAAUGCAUAGCCAUAGUGAGAUGAUCAGUGUUCUUAUAAUUGUGUAUUUAUUGCCUGUUUUGCUUAAAAUAUUUGAUGUAAUGUUAUAUAAAUGUGAUAUGAAUGAAAUAUGGACAAAUAAAGAUUUAGGUGGUUUUA